AAUGAUCUUGAAAUUUCUAUUCCCUUUGUGAAUGAUUGUGUGGGUAGGAGAAGCACACACGUCACAUGUACACGUGGCAACAUUCAAGUCUGAAAUUUGUAGGGUUGCCACUAUAGAGAAAGGAAACAGUAGAGGGCAUUUCAGUCAUUAAAUCCAGGCCUAGGGUUCUUUUUGGGCAUAAUCAGAGUCGGUUACACUCUCUCUCUAUCUAUCUCUCUGUCUCACUCUGUUUCUAUCCGUUUCCUUUUCUCACUCAUCACAAUGCUGCUGCACUGCAUUGUGUAGUGUUCCUUCGUACCACUACCAGUACCGUACCACACUGCCAUUCCCCUUUUCGGUGAUUCGGUUACUACCGUUUCAUAUUCAUUCGAUUCGGUGUUUUUCUUCUUCUUCAUAUAUCAGUAUCAAUCACUCACUCUGUUUCUGUGUGUUGAUGGGUAUCAUGGAUCUCAAGGAGAAGGAAUGGUCAUCAUCAUCUGUGAUCAAAAAGUGUUGUGCUGACUGCAAAACCACCAAAACCCCUCUCUGGAGAGGAGGACCAGCUGGGCCCAAGACGUUGUGCAAUGCUUGUGGAAUCAGGUACAGGAAGAGAAGAGCGUGUACGGUGGGAAUGAACAAAGGACAAGAAAGGAAGAGAGAGAGGGCGCAGAAAACGGUUGUUGUUGGUGGUGAUGGUGAUGGUGGUGGUGGGAGUGAAAGUGAAAGUGAUGAUUUGAUGGAAUCUUUGAGAAUGAAGAUAGUGGCGUUGGGUGAGGAGGUUUUGUUGCAACGGUCACCUUGGGAGGAGGUGGUGAAGAAACAGAGGAGGAACAAGUUGGGAGAGGAAGAACAAGCAGCUGUUUGUUUGAUGGCACUUUCCUGCGGCUUUGUUUUCGCUUGAAUGAAUCCAAGGUUCAAGUUCAACAAACAAACCAUUCCUUAAUUAGCUAGAUUUAAGGUAGAUAAUAACCUAAUUAGUAAUUAGUACAAAGCCUUUUGGUGUCUUAUAGGCUAACUUUUUUUUUUAAGUUAUAGCAUUAGCAUUGUAAAGGGAUGUGCACACUUUUCUUAUGUUAAAGAGGGUAUUUCAUCAUAUGAUCCAAUCUAGUUAGAGCCUAGAGGGAGUGAAGAGCCUUCCAUAACAAAGGAUUGGCUUUUCUUUUUCCAUUUUCCUUUUGCUGCUUCUGUUAAUAGCUGCAAAUGUGUCCAGUUCAAUUAGUUAUUAUGAAUGUGAGUAUUCAGAUUUGUGGGUGAUUUAUAGUAUAGUACUCUCUGUUCCUUUGAUUA